AUGCUGAGGCCUCCAGGAGCCCGACCCACUGAAGGCGUCUCUGUGGGCGCGCGUCUGUCCCUUGGACGCCAGGAGAGGUUCCCAGGGUUGGAGGAGGCGCUGCGUGUGCUGGGUCUGGAGGGAGUGUGCGAAUACGCGGGAGACAUCUUCGCCGAGGUCAUGGUGUGCCGUAUAUUGCCCAGGAAGGCUGUGCCCCGCUCCAAGAUCUCGGAGAUGCGUGUGCUCGUGGUGGACUGGCUGGUCCAGGUGCACGAGUACCUGGGCUUGGCGGAGGACACCCUGUACCUGGCCGUACAUUUGCUUGACUCUUACCUGCGCUUGGGCCCCGUGCGUCUACAGCGGCUGCAACUCUUGGGCGUAGCCUGCCUGUUCGUGGCUUGCAAGGUGGAAGAGUGCGUGCUUCCGGAGCCUUCCUCCCUCUGCCUCCUGGGGGCGGGCUCCUUCUCGCGGUCGGAGCUGCUGCGCGCAGAGCGCCGCCUCCUGAGCCGCCUGGACUUCCGGUUGCACCACCCGGGCCCGCUGCUGUGUCUCGGACUGCUCGCCGCGCUCGCCCGGAGUCCCCCGCAGGUGAUGCUGCUGGCCACCUAUUUCCUGGAGCUGUCCCUUCUGGAAGCUGAGGCUGCGGAAUGGGAGAUAAGUCGUCGCGCAGCUGCCGCGCUGAACCUGGCGCACCGGGUGCUGAACGGGACUCGGCCCGAGCCGGCGCUUUACAGACACUGCUAGCGGGGUGGGAAAUCACUGUGGGGAAAUAAGAAUGCUACUUUUAUGUAG